AUUUUGACAGUACGCGUAUCGGUUCUCAUGACUGGAUCGACAACGCGGGGAUUAAUUCAGGGUGGAACUGACGACGAAGUGACUCGUGAUUGCGCUGAUCCUUGCACGUUCUCUCUGAAAAGCUGUUAUGAAACCGGAGCAACAUGAAAAGUGUUUAAUCUUGGAGCCCCAGGGCGACGACGCCAGUUCUUAGGUUUGAUAUCAAUAAAGAAGAGGAAAUGGGGCAAACACUUAGCGAACCAGUAACGAAGAAGAAGUCUGCUUGUUGCCGGGAUAACAACUAUCGAGUAGGCAGCUCCUGCAUGCAAGGAUGGCGUAUCAAAAUGGAAGACUCGCACGUACACAUACUUUCCCUACCCAGUGACCCAGGCGCUGCGUUCUUCGCCGUUUAUGACGGACACGGUGGUGCCGCUAUGGCGCAGCAUGCUGGGAAACACUUGCACGAAUACAUAACUAAGAGAAGCGAGUACAAGGCGGGCGACAUUGUAGAAGGUAUACAACAAGGCUUCCUGGAGCUGGAUAAAGCGAUGCAGACUAACGUCGUGCUUAGGGACGAACACGCCGGGACCACUGUCAUCGCGCUUCUCAUUAAAGAUAACAUUCUGUACAGCGCCAACGCGGGUGACAGCAGGGCAGUGGCGAGUAUCAGCGGCAUGACGGUGCCCCUGAGUCGAGAUCACAAACCUACGUUAAAGGACGAGCGCAAACGGAUCGAAGCAGCCGGCGGUUUUGUCGAGUACAAGAGAGUGAACGGCAACCUGGCGCUGUCCCGCGCGCUCGGGGAUUUCAUAUUUAAACGGAACGAUCGCAAAUCCCCGCAAGAACAAAUUGUGACUGCUUUUCCCGAAGUGCAAGAAUUUUCUAUUACCGAGGAAUGGGAGUUCGUCGUUCUGGCAUGCGACGGCAUCUGGGACGUAAUGACCAACGAGGAGGUCGUCGAGUUUGUGAGAACGCGCUUAGCUCAAACGAAGCUGGGUGGGGACGGCGAGUCGUGUCAGAACGCCAGCGUACACCCCGAGGAGAUCUGCGAGGAGCUGCUAAAUCGUUGUCUAGCACCGGACGCUCUCAUGGGCACCGGUUGCGACAACAUGACAGUGAUACUCGUGUGCUUCCUCCACGGCAAGCCUUGCUCGCAGCUAGUCCUGAAUUGUCAAGAACCCCCGCCGGAUAUAGACGAAUAAUUGUUUUAGAUCUUAGGCGACAUUUUUUAUCCUCCCGACCUAAAUUAUUCUAGGUAUUUUACUUUUGUGACGUACCCCCCGAGACUUUUGAUAUAGAUACAUUGUUACGCGACAUUAUUGAAA